AUGGACUUUGAAAGUGAGUUAGAGAACCAUAUAGAGAGUGCUAACAUAGUGAUGGGUGUUUUUAAUGCACAGAUAGGUAAGGACAGCAAGGGAUUUGAGCAAGUAUUGGGAUGUUUUGGAUAUGGAGGCAGAAAUGAAGACGGGGAAAGACUCCUCGAUUUGUGCCAGAGGAAUAGAAUGAAAAUAGCAAACAACUGGUUUGUGAAGGGAGAAGGUCAUGUUAUCACCAGAUACAGUUGGGAUGAAAGAACCAAGAGUGUAAUUGAUUAUAUUCUAGUAGAUAGGGAACGGGGAGAGAAAGUAACAAAUGUGAAGGUAAUUCCAAGUGGGGCCGGGCCGGAGCGGCCGGCCGGCCGGCUGGCUGUUGCUGCGAGCAGCCCGCCCGGCUUAUCGCGCGCCGGGCGCGGCCAGCGCAGCGCCGCGCAUUCAGCCGCUGAUCAGGCCGACACCUCAAUGGCACGCACGCCUUUGUCGCGAGCGUAA